AUGAGAUUUAAUAUAUUGGUUAGUUGUUGGUCAGUACUUUCGUCGGUAGUUGUUGUACAUGCUUAUACGAGCUCUAAUAAGCCCAUUAGUUCAAUAUAUCGUGUUUUAAAUGAGCACCAGCAGCAGCACAACGAGAAUAGCGAAUUGCUUACUACAGAGUCGCCAGAGUUAUCAACUGAUAGCAUACAAGUAUAUCUAGACGCCUUUGUUGGCCUUGGUCAAUCAAAGGUAAUAUUGGAUGACAAGGAGGAAAAUUUGGUUGAUGCGUUGAAUGAGCAAUAUGAAUACGAUUCCCAUAAUGGUAAACCGAAAUUGCUUGUUAAUUUAAAAGGUGUUGCAUUUGAUGAUUACAAGCCAUUAAUUCACACUUUUGGUGAUAAAUUGAAUUCAUACUUUAAAGGCUUUGUGGUUAAGAACAAAUGGGCAAGACUGUUAACUAGUGAGCUAGCACUAGCUUCGCCACAAGACUUUGUCGAUUUGUUUCAUCAUUUCCAGUACUUUAAACAAAAAAGAGACCAUAUUUGGAAGAAAUUCACUCUAAACGAGAAACAGACGAUACAACAAAAACAAAAGCAACAGGUGAUGGCCUCGUAUUCUCCUACGAAUGAUCAAAUAUUCAUAAAUGAAUUAGCUACAUUAAUCCAUUUACAAGAAUAUGUUAAACAAAAUGCUGCAAACGUUUCUUCGCGUGACGUGUUUAUUAUUCAAUUGUCGUCAUUGUUAUCAAUAGAGCGUAAAAUUGGCUCACAAUCGUCGACUUUUAAAUAUUCAAAACAAGUUUUGCACAAUUUGUUGAAUUCAAUGGGUCAACAAUUCAACAUCUUGAUUGUUUCCACAACUAAAACCUCUCAAGAUAUCAGGCAUUUGAGUAAACGAACAGAUGAGUUGAUAAAGACGUCUUCCGUGUUUGGAUAUGGCACAAAAGAAGCUUGCGAAAUAGGCACAAACAAUUGUAAUUCUCACGGAGAAUGUAAAGAGAUGAACAAUAAUAGUAAUGGUAAUGACCAGAUAAAAUGGGGUUGUGUUUGUCUGCCCAGUUUCAAUAAAACUACAUCUAAAACAACAAACUGGGUCGGAUCUGAUUGUGCCAAACGUGACGUAUCCGUUGAAGCAAAUUUAUUCUUAUGGACUACAAUUGCCCUAUUAUUGGUUACCGUGGCUGGCAUUAAGUUGAUGGCUAGUAUUGGUAACACUCCCUUACCUGGAGUAUUGGACGCGGCUACUCUUCCGGGUAAGAAAAGCAUCUAG